GAGGGAAGGAAAGGCCAAGCCGGGUUGCCGCCGCCGCUUUCGGCUCUUCGUGACCCCAUGGACCAGAGCAGAUGACUUUAAGAGAUUAAAUUCGUAGAGAACACAGCUAUCAAUGGUUACUGGUCAUGAUGACUAUAUAUACUACCUCCAGGUUCCGAAGUCCCAUCUAGAUGUGGCCAAGAGAAACUGCAGCUGUUGCACCAGCCUAAACUGAUGAAAGUGGUCUUGCCAUGGAAGGAAGCGAAGCGGCGUCAAGCUGCCAGUCUGGAGAAAGCAGCUUGCUGGACAUACCAUGCACCAUAAGUGCAGAAAGUUUUCUGCUGAAUCCCAGAACUGGGAGAAGUGAUGAGAUUCUCAGGUCUGCUGGCACAUUUGUUUCUCCGGCAUCCACAGAAGUUGACACAGACCCAAAUAACGACGUCUUCAUAGCACACACAGUUGGAACCAGCGUAGCUUGGAGGCCUAGACAAUGUGAGAAGGCAGAGCCAAAGAACUGUGUGGACGGUGAGCUACCUCAGCCUAGUCAACUUCCCUUGUCUUGGACAUGUGAGCAAACGGAGGAAGGGGGGCCUGCCAUCAGGCAAUCUCUGGAUAGGUUUUAUGGGACUUGCUGCCAGAAGAAGCUGUUUGGAGGGAGUCCAGCCUACGAAGCGGCUUCCCAGUGCCUGUCUGUCAAAAUUGCAGAGCUGGCAGGCAAAGAAGGAAUGACGUAUGCCCAGAAGAGUCUCCAAAUGGCCCAGAUGGUUUUGAACAGAGAUGAGAACAAGGUGUUUCCUCAGCGCUCCAGCAGCACCUGCUUUUCCAUUCCCACGGAAACCAGAGUUAGUUUGGAGGAAAGAAAGCAAAUGCCUGGGCUCUCAAAUGAUAUCCUUCAAUUCAUCUUGAAACAGAACGUAACAAAGUGAUUUAUUUAUUUUGCUGGAGAUGGUUAGCUUUUUAAGCACAUGUGCGGUUUGUUUUCAUUCGUCAUCCAGCAAUAAGGACCAAGACAUCCUUUACUACUCUGGGGCUUUCCCUCUUCUCCUCCCCCUGUGUGCUCCAUCACCCACGAUUGUGGGGGGAUUGGGGAGUAACCCCCAAAACAGUGCAUGGGGGGGUGGGAUGGG